GCCAUGUCCUCGCAGUGCGUGGUGUACGUGGAGGUGCAGAUGGCGCUGCUGACCCUGUGAGAGCCAGAGGGACGCCAUGCCGGCCAAGCCAGUGCCGCCCGAGGACCUGAUCAUCCCGCCGCAGGACAACCGCAUCUGCGGCACCAUCUGCGUGUGCCAGAUGACGGCGGUGCUGAGCUCGGUGGCGCUCGUGUACCUCACGGUGGCCGUGUACAUGCCGACGCUGCGCGCCUUCCAGUCGGGCGUGUCCGAGGUGCCCGCCAUGUGCACGACGACGCGCGCCUGGCACCGCGACGCCUGCGACUGGGCCACGUGCGGCGAGUGGUGCCUCAGCAAGAGCUCGGGCGCCUGCGUGCAGAUCUACGUGAACCUGCGCCGCAACGGCACCGACAUGCUCUUCCAGAACUGCACCAACACGGCCACCAAGGUGUGCUACGGCAUCGACCAGGAGAACGCCAAGCGCAGCCGCUGCAUCGCCGACGAGUGCCGCAACCUCACGGGCACCUUCAACUGCACCGCGGGCACGUGCAUCAACAUCACGGACGCCUUCGAGUGCGUGUUCAAGAACACGGAGCCGCCGCUCAAGUGCUCGGGCCGGCGCGGCAAGAUCACGUGCAUCGAGCUGGACGGGCUGCAGAACUGCCACCGCGGCACGUGCGAGAAGAUCCGCACGCCCUACAACUGCGACCGGCGCUGCGUCGACAUCCCCACCAGGAACAAGAACGUGAUCCUGCUGAGCGGCGACAAGGUGUACCUGUCGCAGUGCCAGCGCGCCAUCGCCGAGACGCCCGGCGGCACGAAGGAGGUGUGGACCGAGGACCAGGACAACAUCCUCAUGGCGUCGUGCUACACCAUCACGAACGCGACCCGCGGCGUCGAGGCCACCGACUGCAUCAACGGCACGCUGCUCGCCAACGACGUGCUCGCCGACAAGACCAACUUCACGUUCCUGAGCGUGCUGGGCGCGACCAACCCGGAGCUGCUGGACCCGGCGCGCAGCGUGGCGCCGCCCGAGCACGACCUACUGCUGGCCAACGAGAGCCACUUGUUCAUCAACAUGGAGGGCUGCGUGAACACGCUGCGCGACGAGUGCAAGGAGUUCCUGCGCGACUUCGGCAAGGACGGCACCGACCACAACGCGCGCGCGCGCUUCCCCUGCUUCUACGCCGAGAGCGAGCCGGGCAAGGUGCUGGCGCGCUUCGACCUGGAGGGCACCUACAGCCACUUCAUCUUCGCCUUCGUGCUGCCCUCGGUGCUGUUCGUGGUGUCGUGCUUCAUGCUCGUGUUCUGCCAGCGCACCGUGGAGGUGGGCGACGACGCCAAGAUGCGCUUCAAGGGCUGCGCCGCCUCGCCCGACAAGCAGGCCUCCGCCAGCAACCUGGGCAGCGGCUCGGCCAUGGCGCUCUGAGAUCCGUCACGCAUUCCCCUCCUGCUCGAGAGCCCGGCCCACCACCACGUGUUCCCGCUGCAGGAACACUGAGGGUGGCGCGGCGCCUCGCACGCACCAGCUUGUUCGUCUCGCAGCACGCACUCAUCUGCACCUCACUCUGUGUGCGCGGCACCAAGAGACGGGCGACCCUCUGGAGGGGAACGCGGGACAGUUUCUACAUGCCAGUCUCCACGACCAAUACACGCUUUGUUCUUGUGGACGCGGAGGACUCUGACUCUUCGGAGGGACUACUGCUUCCGUGUACUGCACCGAUGCAGAGCGACACUGACGCUUGUUCGCACCACUAGGCACUUGG